AUGGCAUCCGAAAUCUCAGGGUCCGAUGGAGUGCUCCUGCGCAUUGACCGAUUAUAUCGUGGUGCGAAGGUGGGAGACUGCAAGUUCCCAGGACCUUCGAGUUGCAGUUGGAGCCUGCAGUCUCUCGCCCAAGAUCUCAGGGUGCCGCUGCAGCAGCACCGAGCACAAGUGGUUAUGGCAAUUCUGGGAGAUGCUUCUUCUGGCAAGACAAGUUUCGUGAAUGCGUUGACCGAGGAGCUGUCUCUGCUUGAGGAAAGAGUUUCGACAUCUCUUCCGGCUCAGUGGCAGGUCUCAGAGGACUUCGAGGGCGAGUGGCCGAGCCUUUUGUUGCAAGCAGCAGAGCAGUUUCCAGAUUGGAUGCAACGGGCAGCCGCCAUGGUCAAAUCAUGUCGGCAUGUGCCGGCACAGGGUCUUCGAGGAAUCGAGGUUAUUGAAGUGUCUGGAUCACUUGCUCAACAAGAUCUGGAGCCGAUGACGUGGAUACUUUCGCACACAGACAUUGUGGUGUGCAUGCUGGACUCACAGGCCAAGCAACCUUCAGAAGCUUUGCUGGCCCAGCUCAAGAAAGUUUGCAGCGUGCAGGAGCCUCCCGAGCUACAGUUCGUGUUCUCGCGGGCUGACCUCUUGCGACGCGAGUCGGACAGAGUCCAGCUGAUUGCCAAGGCAUCGCGGCUUCUCCAGGAAAGCCUGGGCAGACGUUUCGAGAUCCUUCCUGUUGCCACUGGGGACCUGGCGGUGCUUCUGGACGUUCUGGAUGACAAGAGCAACAAGUGGGAUGCAGGGCGGUGUCGAGCUCUGCACUCUGCGCAGGAGCUGCUACAGCAGCGAGUUCAAGACCGGUUGGAUCUUUUAAGAAGCGACUGCAAGGCUCUACGCUUUGCAUUGGACAUGCAGAAGAGCACCUCUAUACAGACGCCAGCUCAGACCAGCACCGGCGGCAACCAGCUGCUCCUGUGUGGUAUUGGCUUUGCACUGGCAGCCGCCGUAGUGCCGUUUGUCCUCGACGAGGAUUUAGAUGCCUCCAUGGUUCCAAUUUUCAUGGCAUGCACUCUCGUGCUGGCCUGCUUCUGCUUGUUCCUCGCAUUCUAUCAGCGCAGCCAAGCCCCCGAAGCACUGCCCGGGGAAUCUGCGAUGAGUAGUCCCAUGCUGAUGAAAGAACAGGAGCGCUUCCUGUCUUUGGUUGAGAAGCAGUGUGAGGUAUGGCAAAGGAGCAGUGACAGGAUUCCCGGGACGGGAAGCUGA